GAUAUGGUUUGGAUGUGUUGCGCUAUAAGGUGAAUAGAUGGGAACAUGAGUUUUGUAAAACAAAUUUUGAUGGCUGGAUACUAUCAAGUUCCUCUUCAAUUUCAGAAGACCUAAUAAAAGCAAUGAGGCAUAGAAUAUCGGUUAUAAAUUCUAUGAAUAUAGAUGGUCUUGCUUCAGAUGAGGAAUAUACCCAUGAAUUAAUAAAUUUAACUGGAAAUGCUAUAAGGUGGAUAGAUGGGAAC